AGCUGAGCUACAGUUAGCAACUUUCCCUGAUCCCAAGGCAUAUAUCGAGUCCUUCAAGUAACCCCUGGUGAGGUACAGACAUGAUGGGCAGUACUUUCAGUCAUAGUGCUGAAUACCUUGAGCAGAAGAAGUCCUAUGAGCCCCUCUAUUUCCAUUCCAAGGCCAGGGGCAGCCAGAUCCUGCUGAAUGACUGCUACUCUAGGGCAGAGAGGCUCUCCACCUUUCAUGAUGGCAUUGUCUUUACCAACCGACCUGUCCAGCCUUGUGAAAGAGUAACCCUCAGGAUCCUGAAGAUGGAGGAUGGAUGGAAUGGUGGGCUCCGAGUAGGGUUCAGCUGCCUGAACCCCUCAAAUAUCAACCCCUUUAGCCUGCCCCCUUUCAUCUGUCCUGACUUAGUAGCCCAGUCUCCCACUUGGGCAGCCGUCCUGCCCGAUCGGUUCAUUAAGGUUGGUGAUAUCAUCCACUUCUGGGUGAAUAAGUCUGGAAAAGUCUUCUUGAGGACCAAUGAGCUCCAAAAGUUUCUGUUAUUUGACAAAGUGACUGUGAGCUCUCCUCUAUGGGCUGUGAUGGAUGUCUACGGAACUACAAAAGCGGUCGAACUGCUCACUCCUGUGAGUAAGCCUUUUUGUCUCAAACUUGGGACACAGAUGUUCAGGGAUGAACCUCAUGAGUUUCGUUUCUGCUCCCCAGCAAGUGAUGAAGAAGAGUGUUGUGUCUGUUUGCACCAUGCCAAGAACACCUGGCUUCUUCCUUGUGGCCACACCAUCCUCUGCUAUUGCUGUGCCAAGAGGCUCUUCAGAGACACUGCCAAGUGCCCCAUGUGCCGCUGUAAGAUUGAGCAAUUCUAUCUACAGAAUCAAUCCACUCCAGCAGAUACUCCACAGACACUCCCACAGUGUGGUCCAGGCUGUUUUGAAGCAGGAGCAGCAAGAUCAGUUUACCUCUGA